AUGGUGGCUUUAUCGCCGACCUCGGCUUCGGCAUUCAAAUCACCAGUCGUGCCCCCACCCAAUCGAGCCGACUUCCCGCCGCGAUCCCCACCCCGCUCGCCACCUCGGAGCUCGACCCCGCUAGUCGUAGCAGACUCGUUCAUCGAUCCACAUGCGCGCAACGGAUCCCCUUUAUCGGCGAUGAGCAGCCAUGGCAGGCCCAGCGGAGUUCAAUCGCGGCGUGCGGCGGCCGUAUCGCUGGGCCUCGGCGUAUCGUUCGCGCCGCUCGUCUGCGACCCCACCAACUCCUUCUCGAGAGCCACAUCGCCCAACUCGGUCCAUGCUCCGUCGCCACAGCGAGCCGCUUCCCCUCGCUCCGACUCGGUACAGUCUUCCUCCUCGACCCGUGAUCAUUCUCGCCAUGGCUCGUUUUCGGCCACGUCAGGGGCUGCGAUGCCCGUCGGGGGCGUGUCAACCCGAUCUUCGUCGCGCAUACCAUCACGCAGACCGUCAUUGACACACCUCGCCAGUUUUCUGAGCGGCAUCGAACACCACGCCCGAGUGCGAGAUCCUGGGCCCAGCGGAGGAAGGGGUGUCAGUCGCUCGGCCUCGCGGUCACAGAGUCGAGCGGGCCAGAGGUGCCCGGCGACCGCAUACGAUGGUGUCUUUGACGAGGAGGAACUGGAUGAUAUCGACGACGACGCUUCGUCGAGCGUGUCGGGCCUGGCGUCCGCAAUCAGCUCGGCGGCUCGUCGGAGGGCUGGGUCGAGGGCGAGCUCGGUAGCCGCAGCGAGUCGGAGGAGCUCCAUCAAUCUCUCGAGCGAGAGUGGGAGUCCACAUCCGUUCCUCCACCCUCUCGUUCGGGAUAACACAACGGGAGGGCCUUCUCCCUCGGUCAAGAGCCCAUCGAGCUCGAAUGACGGCAGUUCCGGGUGGGGCAGAAGGCGCGACUUCGCUGACGACGACGACGACGGCUCGGGCUGGGGUGACAAAACGGCCACUCCUGUACCUCGUGAUCUCGCCACCAUUCGGACCUUUGUCCCGCCCAUGACCCCUCGCGUACUUUCGACCGAGAUGGACGAGGAGCCUUUUCUCGACACGGCCCCCAAUUCACCACAUUCCACAACCAAGCGCGUCCACUCGUUUUCUGCGCUUGGGGAAGCCGCCGACCCAUCGGUCGUCUCGGACGCCGACCUGAGCAGCGUCGAUGUCUUCGAAGAAGGGGAACGAGUUGGAGUGGACAUUUGGCUCGAAGGUCGCGGCGGCUGGGUCCGGGACUGCUUCGGUUCCAACUCGGAAGGCGGACCAGGAAAUGGGAUAGGAGGCCCGAAGGAGCUCGAGAUAGAGCGGCGGCUGGGGGAGGGAACGUACGCCAUGUAGGUUGAAGCUCGGGACUCGAUCUACUCAUUUCAACGUCGUGUCGAGCUCACCUGGUUUGCUUGAUUCUUCUCGCAGUGUCUAUCUCGUUCGGGAAAUUUUGUACGACCCCGUGGCCGACGACGGAGACGACAUCCUCUCGCCCAUCGAUCCCAUGACGUCGUUCCAAUUCGACUCGAUUGGCUCGACCGUGCAGAGUGGCAGCACGCGCCCACGGGUACAAUCGUGGGCCUCGGACCCGUUCGCCGCGCCAUCUCAGCCGACUUAUGGAAAGCAUUUUGCGCUCAAGUGUCUGUGCAAAAAAGAUCUGACAGACGACUUGAUCGAGGUUCAGCGAGGCGAAGCGAUCUUACAUCGCGCUCUACCUGAACACGAGUACAUCGUACGACUUUACGGGGUGAGUACCUGUUGAUCCACUUUCCCAUCGAUGCAGACCUUCUCAUACACUGACCUCGCACAUCGUCCUCCGUAUACAGGCCUACGAGACCGACGACUGGCUGUUCCUCGUGCUCGAGUACUGCCCCGGUCGGGACCUGUUCUAUUGGUUGCUCGAGUCGCAGAACGACGAUGAGAUACCCGAGUCGCUGAGGGCGUCACCACGGCGACGCGACCGCUUGCUCGACGAAGACGACCUGGAAGGUGCGCUGUCGCGAACGAUCACGGCCAGCAACGCGCUCGACAUCAUCGAUGCCACUCCACCCUCGCCCUCUCUCUUGUCUUCGAUGACCAACUCCCACACGACCUCGCGCAAGCGAUUGAGGCUCAUCUCGCGUAUGUUCGCGCAGAUGUGCCAGGCGGUCCAAGCCUGCCACGAUGUCGGGAUCGCCCAUCGGGACAUCAAGCCCGAGAACUUUAUCGUCAUGGACGGUCGCAAUGGCGGUGAAGGUUUGACUGGCUCCCGCGUUGUUGUCAAGAUAACCGAUUGGGGCCUGGGCACGCGCGAAGCAGAAUGUGAAGACUUCGAUUGCGGCUCCAAACCCUACAUGGCCUAUGGUAAGUACUCGGCCAGUCUACCGGUGUGUCUGGAUCAGGGGUGUUGACCUUGUCCGAAUCGUUAAAGAAUGCCGCAACAACCUGGCCCCGACGUACGACCCGCGUCAGGCCGACGUGUGGUCUCUCGGCCUCGUGCUCCUCAAUUUGCUCUAUCAUCGCAACCCAUGGGCCGAUCCCUCACUUGACGACCCCGAUUUUGCCGAAUACGUGCAGGAUGGUCGCUUCUUCCUGCAAAACCGAUUCGAGGGCAUGAGCGACGAGGUGGCGACGUUCUUGACCGAUCGUGUCUUCUGCGACGUCUUGGACGGGGAGCCAAACGGGGAGCAGCGUCGCCGCGUUUCGGCGGGCGAAUUCGGACGGUGGGCCAGUCGACUAGUCAUCAUGCUCAGUGCCGACCAUAGACCGGUGGGUGGAAACCCCUUCACGGCGGAGAUGGUAGCGUCGUCGAGACCUUCGGCGCCUUCCGACAACUUUUUCGAGCGCCUCAUGGCCACGACGCCCAAGUCGCCGUUGGCGGGAGGUCCGCUUAGCGGCGGCGGCGGCGCAAGUCUGCUCUCGCAAUUUGCGCCGCGACCGAGCAACCUCUCUUCGGGUGGACCGCCUCCUGCCGUAGCUGCCCUCACCCCUCGCCUCAUGGACAAACUGCCGAUUGAUCUGCGAGAGGAGCUACCCAAGGUGAUCGAAGAACCGGAGAAGGAGGCAUCCAAAGACGAGAGAAAGCCGGUGCCUCAAGUUUGGAAACCGUCCGCACUGAGUCCCAGUGGGUUUUCGGACGACGAGUCGCUGCCCUCGCCUUCGUUCUCGCCUUUGAUCGCACCGGCUAGACUCCCGCACUCCCCUUCGACGCCGCUCGUGCCCCUGUCACCUCCGUUUGCCACGACCUCUCUUCCCACUUCCUCUCAAACUGAGAAAGAAGAGGCGGCGCCGCAGCAGUUGACAACCGUGCACAAGAUCGAACUUCCUCUGCUCAGUCGCCGGAAGAGCUUGACGCACGAGAACGGCUCGAACGAUCUGACUCUGGUGUCCGAGGACAAGGGUAAAAGCGACAGUGAAAGAGGCAGCCCUUCGAUCGGAUUGACCGAGAAGCCAAAACGGCGCAAACGCGGCGCGAGGAAGAGCAAGGCGACCCGCCUGGCCGGCGACAUAUCACCGCCGAUGGAAUCGAUCCACACGCCAGGGUCCCCGACGGGCCGGCUUGCCGCACAUGAGCACCAGGAUCGGGUUCUACAAGACCUCGCUUCGGCGUCGCAAAACCUGGCCCGCGAGCUCAGCAAAACGCCCCGCUCCCAUUCGACCCACGACCAUCGAUCGUUGCGGCAUAGCUCGAGCUACCAGACUUCGUCGUCGGCUGCUUCCGUCCGAUCCUCCUCCGCGGCGGUCGACAUUGUUGAUCAGGUCGCGAAAAAGCCGGUCAAGUCCGGCGGUGUGUUUGGCCGCUUCAAGACGCUCGUCACAGAGGGCAAUCCCGACCUCCUGGCCUUCAAGCAGCGAGCCGCAGAGCGCGACGCGUCGAUCGGAGCCAAAGCCGACACGUACAGUGCCCCGGCUAAGAUGCAAGGUGCGCCACGUCGACACGAGACAACCCUGUCGAGUCGCGGGUCGGUCGGGACGCAAUCUUGGAGCUCGACUCGAUCGAUCGAGGGGGACGACACGGUACGGGGUCGCGUUGGUGCCGCGGGCGAAACGGCCGGGCCGGUGCACUGGUCAUCGACCUCGAGUCGUCGGGAGCGUCUGGACAAGCAGCGCCGUCGUACCGGCGAAGGCGAUCUUUCCCCAUCGAGUUCGUCGCGCAACGGCACUGCGACGUCGCUGUCUUCUGCCGCCUUCGACUCGCGCAGUAACACUCCGCUGUCCAGUUUCUCCAGCGUCAACAGUGACACCUUCUCGUCGAUGCAUGCGCACCAAGCGAUGCAACCCGUGGCGACUGUGCGAGACUGGCGCACCGCCAGCCCGCGCGCGACGUCCCGAGAACGACCGGCAUACACCACGCGAUCCCGAGCACCCACGCUCGAAUCGGUGCGCAAGAGCAACAAAGACAGCUCCCACUCGCCCCCAAGGUUGAUCUCCGACCCCAAACCAAAGCUGGUCGAUGCUGCGACCGACACUUCAGACCUCGUGUCGCCGGUGUUGCCCGCUUCGCCCACGCUCUCUUCGACCUCGACCAGGACCCUCGCUCCACCACCAACCCCACUCGCUGCACUUCCAAUACCGAUCAGCAAAGGCAAGCCCAAUUUGUCCGAUCCGAUCACUCGGCCUUGGUCUGCAAACGCGAUCACCGGGCGGAGCAACGCGACCUCGAGUCCGAGCUUUGUAGACGAUCUCACCUCAGCUCUCCCUGUGGCUGUCACAGCUCCUCCCGCGCCGCCGCCCGUCAAAGCGCCUACCAAGCUCGCCAAGAUGCUCAAUUCGAUUUCGGUGUUCAACUCAAGGCCCGCGUCCGCAGGGGCCUGA